GCGCGCAGUGGUGUGUGUGAGAGUGAGUGAGUGAGUGAGUGAGGAGAGAGAGAAAUUGGGUGAGGGGGGCGGUGGGUGCCAGACUUGCAUCGAGCAGCUGAGGAGGGACGACAAGAAAGCCUCACCUUCCUCCGUCGAGCAGUAAGCUUCCAUCAGCUCACCAGCUCAGUGCCUUCUUGGUGAAUGAGGAUCCAUGGACGAGCCUCUCGCCGGACACCACCAACCAGCAAUCCAUCGCUGAUCAUUCCCAUCCACUUGGCUUUCUUUCGCCUCGGUCGGCCUGCACACAACAACAGUUUGUCACUCCCGGAGGUCCACCCAUUGGCAAAAUGGUUUUGACGGAGGCGGUCAGUUAAGCAAAUUGUGGUCGGAAGAAGUGUUCAACGACACUGCAACGUGCUGAGAGCUGUUCCGAAUAUUGUCACCUGCUGAUGUGUCGGCUACAAAGAGAGACGCAUGGAGCACGACUCGAAUUACCAUGGCCACCAGACAAGAGUGAUGAGAAGCCCUCCAGCCGCAUUUGAAGCGGGCCUUGUCGUAUGAGGACCGUUGGGGCCCGUGGCGUAAGUACAUUGCAACAAUUCGGGCUGCCAGGGGCCGGGAAAGUUUUUGUGGGUUUUUAUUUGCCUUUCAAGCAGCGGUAAGGAAUAGUUGGCGGUUUGCGAGUGACAAAUCGAUGCUGGGACUGAACACAACGGUGUAUCAAAGGUUCGAUGUCACGUCGGUGUCGAAGGGAGCACGCGUGAGCGCCAUGGGCUGCGGCGGGAGCAGGACGGACGCUCUGGAGCCUCGCUACCUGGAGAGCUGGACCAAAGAGACCGAAUCCACGUGGUUGACCGGCACCGACGCAGACAUACCGCUCUCGUCCAUCCACAGCAUCCCGUCUGACGGCUCCGAGGCCUGCUUCGCUUCUGAGAAAAACGCCGGUCCGGUUCCCGAAUUUUUCGAGGACGGCCUCCCGCCUCCUGCUCAAGCGUACCUCAAAGUGUGCUCAACCGCAUCGGAAGCCAGCCUCGGCGACAUCAAGCCAGGCGGCGGCGGCUGCAGCAGCCCUCCCGAUGUGCCCGCCUCUCCGGCGCAGGAUGCGGCAACGGUGUCUUCGGGUACCACGGUGCAGCGCACAAGUGUCCUACACACUGAAGAGAUUACAAAAUGGCAGGACAACCGCAUGUCCACCAAGCAGGUGACCAUCACGGUGACGCAAAGCAUCCACCAGGUGGACAAGAACGGCAAGGUGAAGAAGUCGCUGACCACCUACGAGGUAAUGAAGCCCGCCGAGGCCGUCAAAGAGGUGGCGGCGCUCAACACCUGAGCGGCGCGGCGCGAGGGCUACGACAUUCAAUGGGGCUUUAUUUUCAUCGUAGGCCCCCCAGAAUGGAGAUCCAUGUUUUUCAUUAGAUGGGACUAAAUGUAGAUUUGAACCCUUUCGACAUCACUUGUAAAAUUAAAAUGUAAACGGUAGAGGUGUGCAGAGUCUCAGUAAUGUUGACAUUUCUUCAAAAAUAUUUCAGAUAAUGAAUCGCUUUUCGUUUUCAUGUUUAAAAUUAGGCAUCCAUUUUGGCUCAAGUUAACCAAACGUGGUUUCUCACACCCCU